GCUGCAAUAUAUUGCUUCACUAUAACUACUUGGGCUCAUCAAAAUUUUCUAAUUUGGAAAAAACAUGGUAUUAUGAAGAUUACAUAUAAAUCUAUUGUAGAAUUCCAUAAUGCUCGUCGCCAGGUUAUGUCACUAGUAGCUAGGGAUAGUACGGUCUCAGAAAAUUAG